AUGAACUGAAAAGAGAAAAAAAUGAAGGCAUGUGAGUGUUGUCGGUGAAUGAAGAGUGGCGCUGGAAAAACAGAGUAUGACAUAUGAUAGAUCCAUAUUUGCCUCAACUGUGGAAAUGGGGUCUCUUUCUUCCUUACUAUUAAUACUUACACAACUCAUAAUUUUAUAGUAUUACACCCCCAAAUCCACUUUGCAGCAGUUGAAAAAAAUAAUUUCCAUGCUAAUUUUCUUUUCCUUUUUUUUUGUCUUAAAAGGUUAGUCUUUAGUUGGUGGAGUCAUUAGAUUCCUAUGUGUUCAACAGGUGCAAGAAGAAGAAAAAAAAUAUGAACCACUGUUUGUGAAAAAUUCAACUAAAAUUGCAAUCUUGGGGUGUUCAUUAGAUUUUUCAUUUUUUUUGUGGUUCUUGGAAUGAUGCUUUGUUUGAAGCCUGAAGCUUUGGAUGAAGACCAUCAUCCUCAAAGUCCUAAUAGUAAUACCAUUAAUGGGAAUGGGGAUUGCAAUGGUGGUAAUAAUGGGGGUUUUAUUCUACCAAUCAGUUGGGGAAGUUCUAUUAAUAGGUAUUUACAAUGGAAGAGUGGUAAGGUUUGGAGCAAGUCAUUUUCAGCUGGGGAUGAUUCUUGUAAUUCUUGUUCUGAAUUGGAGGAUGGUAAGUCCCAUGAAAGGAGUGGACAAGAGACAAAUCAACAGAUGUGUAAUUAUAAAUACCAGCUUGAGCAAGAAGAUUUAUAUCUCAUUCUCAUGCAACAUGCUACCACUUGGGUGAUACAGGUUAAAAAGUUGCAGCAGCAGUUGCAGGAAGAGACUGAUUUGCACUUAGCUCUAGCAAGUGCUGUUGAACAUUGUGGUUCACCUUCUUCUAGUUCUCCAGGCAAGCUUCCAGAUAAGGCCCAGGAGCUUUUAGAUAGCAUAGCUGUUCUCGAGAUUACCGUAGCAAAGUUAGAGCAGGAAUUUGUUUCUUUACAAUGUCAGAUUAGUCAAGAAAGGAACGAGCGACGUCUUGCUGAGUAUCAUUUAAAGCAUUUGCCAUUUCCUUCAACGUCACUUUUCGAUAGCUCUUUGGCUUACUUAACUGAACCGAUUGCAAGGCUUUGCAAUGAAGGGGAAGCUGAACAAAACACGGAUGAUAUGCAUCUGCCAGAGGCUUUUAUUGAUAACAAUUAUAUCGUGGAUAACCUUUGGCAUCAUCCCAAUCGACUAUCUGAAGAAAUGGUCUUACGCAUGAGAGAUAUUUUCAUUUUCUUAGCAGAUUCAUCCAAGCUUUCUUCUUCAUCGUCGUCUUCUUCGGUGUCACCCGCUUCACCUCACUGCCCCCUUGCCAAUUUUUUGGCAUCAUCCUCGGACUCACCCGUUGUAACUUCCUUUGUAAGUAGUCCCUCAGGAGGUGAUGCAUAUGACCCUUAUGGAGUCUCCAACAAAGUCGACUGGACAUUUAGUAUUGGGACUUAUAGUAAAGCAAUUGAAGUCUCGUGGUUGUCUGUUGGGAAGAAAGAACUUGAAUAUGCCGCUAUGGCUCUAAAAAGAUUCAGAUUGCUUGUUGAGCAGCUGUUGAGGGUGGAUCCUUCUCAAAUGAGUUCCAAUGAGAAACUGGCAUUUUGGGUUAACCUGUAUAAUGCUUUGAUUAUGCAUGCAUAUUUAGCAUAUGGAGUUCCAAGAAACGAUAUCAAACUAUUUUCCUUAAUGCAGAAGGCUGCGUACACCAUUGGAGGACACUCCGUGAGUGCAGCUGACAUAGAAUGCACCAUUCUAAAGAUGAAUCCUGCUACUUAUCGACCUCAAAUUGCUGCGGUUUUUGCACUUCAGAAAUUCAAGGCUUCUGCUGAACUGCAGAAGUAUACGAUUGAUCAUCCUGAGCCUCUACUUCAUUUUGCCUUAAGUUGCGGGUUGCAUUCUUCACCUGCGGUGAGGAUUUUCAGGCCUGAAAAUAUGAACGAGUCGCUAAAAAGAUCAAUGCAAGACUACAUUCAAGCAUCUGUCGGAAUAAGUAACAAAGGGAAGCUAUUAGUGCCUAAAUUGUUGCAUUGUUUUGCCAAAGGAAUGGUGGAGGACUCGGUUUUACCCGAUUGGAUUUGUCAAUUCUUAUCGCCGCAACAAGCUUCCAUGGUUAAGAACUGUUUAUCACGUAAUAAGUGGAGGAUCCUAGGUGCUCGAGUAUUUUCCAUCAUACCUUUCGAUUCGAGGUUCCGGUUUCUCUUCCUAUUGGAUGAUAAGAGCAGCCAGCUUUCGAAAUCUAAAGUUUGAGCAGAGCAGGCAUUUCUCCAUAUCACAUUGUAUAGUAGUGGUUGCCGAUGAUAAAAGAUUUUCUUACAUAACAAAACUCAAUGCAUGGUUACCCAAAUUAUAAAGUAACUGUUUUAAGUAUUUGAAAAAUUGUUUUUGCUGUUAA